AAUGGGAAGUUAGACCAAGUCACAGGUUUGGUUAUGGAAGUAAUACGGACUAUCUCUUACCAGCCAACAAGCAAUACAAUGUGUGAGCAGGCACUCAACAAACCGAGCGAGUUUCGAAGAAAGAAAUCAGUGGACCACACACACACAGCUCCCGAGAUGUCACGGAUCAUAACAGACCCCACGACUGGGAAAUGUUACUGCAGAGGCAAAGUUUUGGGAAAGGGUGGCUUUGCAAAGUGUUACGAAUUGACAGACUUGACCACAAACAAACUGUAUGCUGCAAAAAUAAUCCCACACACACGGGUCGCCAAACCUCACCAAAGGGACAAGAUUGACAGAGAAAUCGAGCUGCAUAGAACUCUGCACCAUAAACAUAUCGUUCACUUCUACCAUCACUUCGAGGACAAAGAAAAUAUCUACAUCCUCCUGGAAUACUGCAGCAGAAGGUCAUUGGCUCACAUACUGAAAGCACGGAAGGUGCUGACAGAACCAGAAGUGAGAUACUACCUCAGACAAAUCGUCUCUGGACUGAAAUGUCUGCAUGAGCAAGACAUCCUGCAUAGAGACCUUAAAUUAGGUAACUUUUUCAUCAAUGAAUCCAUGGAUCUUAAAGUUGGAGAUUUUGGGUUGGCUGCAAAAUUGGAACCAGUUAAUAACAGGAGAAGGACAAUCUGUGGAACUCCAAACUACUUGUCCCCUGAGGUUCUUAACAAACAAGGGCAUGGCUGUGAAUCGGAUGUCUGGGCUCUGGGCUGUGUAAUGUACACAAUGCUUCUUGGGAGGCCCCCCUUUGAGACAACAAAUUUGAAGGAGACCUACAGAUGUAUAAGAGAAGCCAGGUACACAAUGCCAUCCUCCCUGAUGCCUCACGCCAGGCAGUUGAUUGCAAGCAUGCUGUCCAAGAAUCCACAAGACAGACCCAGCCUGAACGACAUCAUGAGACACGAGUUUUUCACACAGGGGUUUACACCUGAAAGACUGUCUUCAAGCUGCUGCCACUCUGCUCCAGACUUCCACUUAUCAAGUCCAGCCAAGAAUUUCUUCAGGAAGGCUGCAGCAGCACUGUUUGGAGGGAAGAAAGAAAAGGCAAAGUACUAUGACAAUCUAAAUAAAUUAACCAAAGAAGAAGAUGAAAUACACAAGCUUCGUCAUGAACUGAAGAAGUCUUCCAUCAGCCAUCAACCCCACAAGCACAAGUCCCAUGAGGAUACCAUACCUCCUGUUGCCCCAGUCGGUAAACAGACAGCAUUGAUGAAAGAAAAUAAACAACAAAUUCGUGACACAAUAAGGAUGAUUGUGAGGGGAACACUUGGAAGCUGUAGCAGUAGCAGUGAAUGUCUUGAAGACAGUACAAUGGGCAGUGUUGCUGAUACUGUUACCAGAGUUCUAAGGGGCUGUCUUGAAAACAUGCCUGAAGCUGAUACGAUCCCAAACGAACACUUGAAUAGCACAUUUCAGUGGGUGACAAAGUGGGUUGACUAUUCCAACAAAUACGGCUUUGGGUACCAGCUUUCAGACCACACAGUCGGCGUUCUCUUUAACAAUGGAACCCACAUGAGCCUGUUAGCCGAUAAGAAGACUAUCCAUUAUUAUGCUGAGCUUGGCCAGUGCUCUGUGUUUUCUACUGUUGAUGCACCAGAACAGUUCAUCAGUCAAAAUACCAUUCUGAAAUACUUUGCACACUACAUGGAGGAGAACUUAAUGGAUGGUGGUGAUUUGCCUGGUGUAACAGAUACUCGCAAACCCAGGCUUUACCUUCUUCAGUGGCUGAAGUCAGAUCAAGCAUUAAUGAUGCUUUUUAAUGAUGGCACGUUCCAGGUAAAUAUUUUAAUUGGAGAGCCAGUAAAUAUUUUGUAUUUAUAUAUAUUACCAUACCUGCUUACCUACAUCAACGAGGACCGUGUUUCCACCACUUUCCAUUUGACCACACUGCUGGUGACUGGAUGCUCGUCGGAUCUGCGCAGCAGAAUGGAAUAUGCCUUAAACAUGCUGCUGCAGAGAUGUAACUGAGGAUAGAAAGUUAUUGGGGAUGCUUUCAAAAAAAGUGAAAGGACGGAUUUCUAAAAAGAGGGUUUUUCACAAAGUCGUAGUGGAGUUAUCAGUAUGUUGAAGACAAGGAGGACUGGAAGUGAUAUUUGGUGACAGAGGUACGAAAAGUUCAAGUGAUCCUCCCUGAGAGAAUGCUGGGCUGGAACCAGACAUUAAAGAUUUUAUAAAUCUUGCUUUGUUGAAAUGGACGUGGGCUUGCAGAAUGCAGUGUUCUGUCUGGACAUGCAGCGAUGAAUUCAAUCUUGAAGACAACAAAGCAGGGUGAUAAUUUGUAGCUCUCAAUGGAGCAAAACUUAGAAGGCUUAAAACUGUGAAAACAUUCCUGAACGGGGAAUGUGAAAGACAUUUUUAAAAAACCAGGGCUACAUUGCGGAUAAUUUCUGACAAUUGCAGCUUUGUGCUGUCUAACUGUGAACUAUGGCCAUAUUCUUUACAAAGCUGGCAGCACAAUAAGGAACCAAUAGAGUGCUAUUCCACUUGUGUGGCUGGACAUGUGCAUUCCUUAUUAUCACAGAAUAACUUAUGUGCAGUAUUUAUUAUUUAUUAAAUAAAAAGAAUUUGGAAUAAUUGA